AUGAAACUCUCGUUGUGCGAGCUCUGUGAUCCCCUUGUCCCAAAUGAAAUGUACAAUGAAUGUAUUCAGCAUUCUAGGGAUCAUCUUGCCUGUAUCCGCAUCGUGGAAUGGCUUCUGACCAUCAACGUUAAACCAAGUAUUAAACUGUCUGCUCUUUGGACAGAGAAAAAUUUGUAG